GUGGUUCUUCGGAGAUGAGGAGCUAAGUUUGACGCAAAUUCACAACGUCCCUAUUUUGAAGGACACGAAAGAGAUGAUGUAGUGAAACAUCGUAAUGAAUUUAUUGGUUAUUUUCUACCACAUAAAGACUUUAUUACACAAUUAGUAAUGGUAACACACCCAUAUGGAAUAUUCUAGCCCAAAGUCCUCAUAGAAUACUUAUAUGUAAGCGCAGUAAUCGAAACUUUUUAAUUAUAAUUUCUAUGCUAUUUUUGUGUUUAUGUUUACUAGUUCAUGAUGAAUCAACAUUUAGAAGUGGUGAAGUUAGCCCAAAACGGUGGUUUUUCAGAGAGAAUACACCGUUUUUUUCGAAAGGACGUGGACGGAGUCACAUGAUUUUGGAUUUUCUCGUUCAACAUCCGAGUGGACCGUUUUUUGAGCUUAGUGAAGAUGAACGGAAAGAAGCGGAACUUUCAACAGCGUUUCAAAAUGUUACAAAACUUGAAAUGCUGGCGGUUAAAUACAGUAUUAAGAUUAUCUACUGUCCUAAAUAUCAUUGCGAACUAAAUGCCGUUGAGGGUCUUUGGUCUAAUCAAAAAGCAUAUGUUCGUUCACGCACUGAUCAAACUUUUGAUAAAAUUAAUAUCUGA